CAUGUUAUUUUACUGUCAUGCAUUGUGAAACAUAAAUAAAACAUAUUAGUUUUUCUAUAAAUCAUGACUUAAUACUUAGGCCUAAACUGCUAAUAUGAAAUAAUAUAUUUGAAAAUAUAACUGCAACUUACAUUUGUUUUAAAUAAAUGACAUUAUGGAUGGUUUAAUUCACGCGGCAUUGGAAGCAGAGGUAAUUCUUAACCGGGCGAAGCAUGUGAACACAAAUUUAUCACAAUUUGACAGUGGUGUUCCAGACCAUAAAAUGACUUGGACCCAUGAUAAGAUGCAUCUUGCAGAGUCUGUUGACGAGUCUAGGAUGAAGUUUCAGCGGAACUCAUCUUCAUCAAAGAGUAUAGAAAAGUUUGACUUAUUUAAAAAGCUUCAUGAAUUGUAUAAUGAGUUGAGCCAGGAUGAAGCAUCACAAGUCAACUAUCAAGGGCUGAAGACAACGUCAUAUCUGUUAGAGAAGCUGUUGGCAACAUACAAUCUGAAUACCUUGAUAAUAAACUUAUAUCCUGGGAAUAAAGGAUACUCCCUCUCACUUAAGGUUAAUGGUAACACACAGUACAUUCACCCACCUGAUGGAAAUACGUCAUCAAGUCAAGAUGAGACAUUAAUAGAGACUCCACGGUGGCCAUAUGAAGAGGAAGAAUUACUGAGUUACAUAGACAAUGAAGAACUACCAGUUGUACUACUAGACCUGUUGGAAUCUGAGCACUCGUGCCUCUUCUACUCAGGCUGCAUAAUAGCACAAAUACGGGAUUACAGACAAGCGUACCCUAGCUUUUUGUGUGAUACUCAUCACGUCUUACUCAGGCCUACAAAUCAGAGUAUAAUAACAGACGCGAUGUGCAUCGGCGGGCGUUGCGGCUGGGCUGGUGAGGAGCGCGGGGCUCUGGAGGCGGUGGAGGCGGCGCUGGUGCAUGCGGCCGCGCCGCCGCUGUGCCUCGACCCGCGCCCCGCCGUGGGUCUGCUGGCCGCCAGGCUCCACGCCGCGCCCAGACUCUUUAACACGCCGAGGAUACGGAGACAGGCCAAGAAGUUUUCACAGGUGGCUGUAAAUAGAAAAAGGAAAUUAGAUCAAUUCACACAUUACCAUGGUUUGGAAUUGUUAGAGAUAAUACAUCGACAGAGAGCGAAAAACAGUCGCCAGUCCGUUCCUCAUACGCGGCUUACGUCCAAGUAUCCUAAGAAGCCACCAGAGGUGUUCAAACCAAUAGAGCCUCCCAAGAUGGAGCCGUUACCUUUAGCUCUGCCUUCGGAGCCUAGCGGGCCGCUUCGCUUAGCUCGAGCGUAUGAGCGGCCGCGGCCGACGCCCGACUGUCAACCCCAGUUGGUCGAAGAGUACAUUCUAGAAACUGAGAAAACUUCCCCACACGCCGGGGCGGGGUUCUUUCAUAUAAAGUUGUCGAUACUCCAAAGGCCGUCCGAUCAAGAGUUUCUCGGAGAACUGUAUGUGGACAGAGAUCACGUUGAGGGGGAAAGGAACGGAGCGGCGUGUCGGUUUACAUUAGGUUCGAGGCUGCAAGCAAACAAAUACAUUCAGCAGUUCACGGAGAUCUUCACAGAGGAAGGUCGAAAGUCGGUGCGGAUAAAGCACAUCGUCCCAGGACAACUGCCCAGGGUCUCAUUCACUGGGGGGAUGCGAGAAAUGGGCCAACAGUUGUUACUUCAGCAGAGAUCCGCAGCGGCCGCGGCCAGUAGCGCCACCGUACAAACACACGCUACCACCGUGCCUGUCGUGACCACAGCUAUUGCCGCCACUCCAAAUACUCACACAAACGCGCGGCAGCUCCCUAUACUGCAGGCACAACUACAACAAGUGGGCACAGUGGGCACGGUGACCGCAGUGGGCAACGUGGUCGGUAGUGUGGGCAGCGUGGGAAGCGUGGGCAGUGUGGGCAGCGUGGGCAGUGUGGGAAGCGUGGGCAGUGUGGGGUCGACCGACGGAGUGAUGAAGCAACAGCCGUCUCCAACGCCAAGGUUGUCGCCACAGGUGCACGACAUUCACUCAACCCAGGCGUCAACCAACCAGCUGCUGGCCGCGCAGCUCACCAACCCGCCUCAACCGCUCAACCCGCAGAAGAUGCAACCAGCCAUCAUACACAUUCAGCACCCGCUCAUGUCCACCGCUGGCACCUCCCAGGUACAAAACAUUCAGUACACGACGACGUCGACGAGUCAACAGAAGACGGCGAUCACCAAACCAAGAACAACGAACCCAGCAAUAAGCGCUCUGGUCACUAGUCUUAUGAAUUCUGCACAGCAGUUCCAACAGGCGAGCCAAAACGCAGCGAAAGCGGUAGCGACAACAGCGAGCAGUAACGCGACGAUACUGAACCUGUUGAACAGCGCGCCGGCUGCGAUGACGCACGUGACGUCGACGGCAGACAACACGCUAGACGCGCACAAGCUGCUCGGGCGCACCGUGUCCAUCGCCGGCGCGCGGCUCAUCACCACCACCGCCUCGCACACCAUGCCCACCUUCACGCAGCAGGUAAUGACGGGCUACACGCGCGACGCGGAGUCGACGAACGUAUCAAGCAGCGAGAGUGCGCUGUUAGAGCGGCUGAUAGGACAGGAGUCGUCAGUGCCAGCUACGCAGACGCAGCCGCCACAGCCGCAACAAGCUCAACCGCAGCCCGUCUGCCAUCUACAGGGUCUCAGCCUGACGUCGCUUCAAGGCCUGCAAGGAAUCCAGGGUCUCCAAAACGUGCAAGUGCAGAUCCCGGGUUUGUCCGCGCCUAUAUCCUUGUCACUGAAUGUGUCAGGCGCGCCGAGCGGGCUUCUUGUGUCUGUACCUCCGACCACGUCGGUGGUACUGACGAACCAACCGUCUGUCCUAUCAUUGCCUAUUGCGCAGCUGAUGUCGGGCGGCGUGAAGGGCGGCGUGCGCGGCGGCAGCGUGCAGGUGGUGCGCGCGCGCGCGCCGCGCCCCGCGCCGCGCGCCCCGCACCCGCGCGCGCACGCGCACCCGCACCCGCACCCGCCCGCCAUACAGCCCGCCAGCGCCGCCGGGACCGCUCAGUUCAUAACCCAAGCGCAGGCGCAAGCGCUGAACGCGCAGCAAGUGCGCCGGAAAUCCAACACCGACAGCUCGUAGUGAGUGCCGCAACGCUAGCCACUGCCGUCUUAGCAUAAUGUGUACAUAGUCGCGUAUAUACUAGAUGAAUUAAAAUAACGGCCGUCUCGCAAUGGCCAUAGCAAAUAAUGAGGGACUUUCCAAUCGACGUCCCCAACCACACGAUAGAUGGCGUUGUUCACUUUUAACGUGAUAAUUACCUAUUUUCUCAUUGCCGGGGUACAUAAUUAUUCAAAAAUGUAAUGUCAUGGCAGAAGCAUAAUAAAACUGAUUGUUGCUUGAUAUUUGGAUCACAUUAUGCAUGUUGCUACCUAUAUUGCUACUCUUUAUUUUGGUCAGUAUAAUAAUGGGUUGAAGUUGUAAUUGUACCUUGGUGUUAUAAAAAGAGUCAUCAUUUAUACCCAAAAACAAAGAUAAAAGAUCCAUAUGUCUGUUAUACAUGAAUUCAGAAGUAAAAACUUAACAACGCCAUCUAUCGUGUUUUUGGGGAACGUCGAUUGGAAAGUGCCUCAUUGUGAUCCCACGACAUAUACGAUAUUUUUGUUCAGCCCAAGUCGCAUAGACUGAAAAAAAAUCUAUUAAUAUUUAUGUAAUCGCAGCAACUUUAUCU